UGUCUCUACUGCAGAGAAUGAGACCCACUGGUUCAUCUGUCUGUUUUGGAGUUUGCAGAUGUACAGCUCCCCGCAGACAUCUGACUUUGCCACAGAUGUAGUCUUCUAAUCUGUCAGGAUACAUACGAGGAAAACCGAGGACUGGAAAAGCUUGGUUGUGUGCAUGAAGAUGGAUACAGCUGGGGUUAAAGUGCUGGAGACAGCUGAUGACAUCCAGGAGCGUCGGCAGCAGGUGCUGGACCGCUACCGACGCUUUAAGGAGCUGUCGAUGGUCCGCCGGCAGAAGCUGGAAGACUCAUACCGGUUUCAGUUCUUCCGCCGUGAUGCUGAUGAAUUGGAGAAGUGGAUCCAAGAGAAGCUGCAGAUCGCCUCUGACGAGAAUUACAAAGACCCCUCUAACCUGCAGGGUAAGCUGCAGAAGCAUCAGGCCUUUGAAGCUGAAGUUCAGGCGAAUGCAGGGGCCAUUAUCAAACUGGACGAGACUGGAAACCUUAUGAUCACAGAGGGACACUUUGCAUCUGAGACCAUUCGAACUCGACUGGAGGAGCUGCAUCGCCUUUGGGAGCUUCUGCUGCAGAAGACCAAAGAGAAGGGAAUGCGGCUCCUGCAGGCCCAGAAACUGGUCCAGUACCUGCGUGAGUGUGAAGAUGCCUUGGACUGGAUUAGUGAUAAGGAGGCCAUAGCCACCUCUGAAGAGGUAGGUCAGGACCUAGAACAUGUGCAGCUCCUCCAGAAGAAGUUUGAGGACUUCCAGACUGAUCUGGCAGCCCACGAGGAGCGAGUCAACGAGGUGAACCAGCUGGCAGCUAAGCUCAUCCAGGAGUCCCAUCCUGAGGCUGAGCUGAUAGUUCGCAAGCAGGACGAGGUCAACACGGCCUGGCAGCGCCUGAAGGCUUUGGCUCAACAGCGGCAGGGCAGGCUGUUUGGAGCUGCUGAGGUGCAGCGCUUCAACAGGGACGUGGAUGAGACCAUCAGCUGGAUCAAAGAGAAGGAGCAGCUGAUGGCCUCUGAUGACUUUGGCCGUGACCUUGCCAGUGUGCAGGCUCUGCUGCGCAAACAUGAGGGGCUCGAGAGAGAUCUGGCAGCUUUGGAGGACAAGGUCAAUGCACUUGGUGGCGAUACAGAGCGUUUACAGGAGACACAUCCUCAAAAUGCCUCCCAGAUCCACCUGAAGAAGGAUGAACUUAUCACCAACUGGGAACAGAUUCGCACUCUGGCAGCUGAGCGUCAUGCACACUUGAAUGACUCCUACCGGCUGCAGCGCUUUACUGCUGACUUCAGGGAUCUGACAAGCUGGGUAACUGAAAUGAAGGCCCUAAUCAAUGCUGACGAACUUGCAAAUGAUGUGGCCGGUGCUGAGGCUCUGCUUGAUCGCCACCAAGAGCAUAAGGGAGAGAUUGAUGCCCAUGAGGACAGCUUCAGAGCCACUGAUGAAGCUGGACAGGCUUUACUCAAUACAGGCCACUACGCCUCUGAGGAAGUUAAGGAAAAGCUGGGUAUCCUCGCUGAGGAGAAGGAAUCUCUGUUGGAGCUGUGGGAAGUUCGCAGGCAGCAGUAUGAGCAGUGCAUGGACCUGCAGCUCUUCUACAGGGAUACAGAGCAAGUUGACAACUGGAUGAGCAAGCAAGAGGCUUUUCUUUUGAAUGAAGACCUUGGAGACUCCCUGGACAGUGUAGAAGCACUGCUGAAGAAACAUGAGGACUUCGAGAAGUCACUUAGUGCUCAAGAAGAGAAGAUCACUGCCUUGGAUGAGUUUGCAACCAAACUAAUUCAGAACAACCACUAUGCCAAAGAAGACGUGGCUACGCGCAGAGAUGCUCUUCUCAGCCGCCGCAAUGCCCUACAUGAGCGCGCUCAGUCUCGCCGUGCUGCGUUGGAGGACUCUUUCCACCUGCAGCAAUUCUUCAGGGACUCUGAUGAGCUCAAAAGUUGGAUAAACGAGAAGAUGAAGACUGCCACAGAUGAGGCCUACAAGGAUCCCUCCAACCUGCAGGGCAAAGUGCAGAAACACCAGGCCUUUGAAGCUGAACUGUCAGCCAACCAGAGCCGCAUCGAUGCCCUGCAGAAAUCUGGCCAGGAACUGGUAGAUGGAAAACAUUACGCCUCUGAUGAGGUUGCUUGCCGCAUGGAGGAGGUCAGCUCCCAGUGGAAGAAACUGCUGGAGGCCACUGAGCUUAAAGGCAUCAAGCUCCGUGAGGCCAAUCAACAGCAGCAGUUCAACAGGAAUGUUGAGGACAUUGAGCUGUGGCUCUAUGAGGUUGAAGGCCACCUGGCUUCAGAUGACUAUGGAAAAGAUCUGACCAGCGUCCAGAACCUGCAGAAGAAACAUGCACUGCUGGAGGCUGAUGUGGCUGCUCAUCAGGAUCGUAUUGAUGGCAUAACAAUCCAGGCUCGCCAGUUUCAGGAAGCUGGACAUUUUGAUGCGGACAACAUUCGCAAGAAGCAGGAGGCUUUAGUAGUUCGUUAUGAGUCUUUGCGUGACCCAAUGGCUGCACGCAAGCAGAAACUGUCUGAUUCUCUGCGGCUUCAGCAGCUUUUCAGAGAUGUAGAAGAUGAGGAGACUUGGAUCCGUGAGAAAGAGCCCAUCGCUGCUUCUACUAACAGAGGCAAAGAUCUGAUUGGUGUCCAGAACCUGCUUAAGAAGCACCAGGCACUGCAGGCUGAGAUCACAGGUCACGAGCCUCGCAUUAAAGCUGUCACUCAGAAAGGAGAGUCAAUGGUAGAAGAAGGACACUUUGCUGCUGAUGAUGUGAAAGCCAAACUGGCUGAGCUACAUCAGCGUUGGGACUCCUUAAAGGGCAAGGCCUCCCAGCGGAGACAGGACUUGGAGGACUCCCUCCAGGCACAGCAGUACUUUGCCGAUGCUAAUGAGGCAGAGUCUUGGAUGAGGGAGAAGGAGCCCAUUGUGGGGAGCACAGACUAUGGCAAGGAUGAGGACUCUGCUGAGGCUUUGUUGAAGAAGCACGAGGCUCUGAUGUCUGACCUGAGUGCAUAUGGCAGCAGUAUCCAGGCCCUGAAGGAACAGGCCCAGGCCUGCAGGCAACAAGUUGCACCAACUGAUGAUGAGACUGGCAAGGAGCUGGUCCUUGCCUUGUACGACUACCAGGAGAAGAGCCCCCGUGAAGUUACCAUGAAGAAGGGUGACGUCCUCACCCUGCUCAACAGCACAAACAAGGACUGGUGGAAGGUGGAGGUGAACGACCGCCAGGGAUUUGUUCCUGCUGCUUACGUGAAGAAACUGGAUCCCACUCAGUCCUCCUCCAGGGAAAACCUGCUGGAUGAGCACGGAAGCAUUGCCAUGCGCCAAGAGCAGAUCGAGAAUCAGCUUGUCACCAAGGAGGCCUGCAGCGUUUCUGUGCGCAUGAAGCAGGUGGAAGAGCUGUAUGGUACUCUGAUAGAUCUGGGUGAGAAACGCAAGGACAUGCUCGAGAAGAGCUGCAAGAAAUUCAUGCUGUUCCGGGAGGCCAAUGAGCUUCAGCAGUGGAUCAAUGAGAAGGAAAGCACCCUUACUAAUGAAGAAGUUGGCUCUGACCUGGAGCAAGUCGAAGUCCUGCAGAAGAAGUUUGAUGACUUCCAGAAGGACCUGAAGGCCAACGAGUCUCGACUCAGAGACAUCAACAAAGUGGCAUCUGAACUCGAGUCCGAAGGCCUCAUGGCUGAGGAAGCCCCAAUGGUCCAGAGUCAACAACAAGAGCUUCUUGGAGCAGCACCUGGCAAGGAUGAAACUGAUUUAAAGACUGCUUCUCCAUGGAAGAAUAUACGCUUGGCUGUUCAAACAACGGCUAACUUUAAUACAAUCAAGGAGCUGAAUAAUCGAUGGAGGUCCCUGCAGCAGCUGGCUGAAGAAAGGAGCAACAUGUUGGGCAGUGCGCAUGAGGUGCAGCGGUUUCACAGAGAUGCUGAUGAAACUAAAGAGUGGAUUGAAGAGAAGAACCAGGCCCUUAACACAGACAACUAUGGACAUGACUUGGCCAGCGUUCAGGCUCUGCAGCGCAAACAUGAAGGCUUUGAGAGAGACUUGGCAGCUUUGGGCGAUAAGGUUAACUCCCUUGGAGAGACAGCGGAGCGUUUGAUCCAGUCCCACCCAGAAGCUGUGGAUGACAUCCAGGAAAAAUGCACUGAGCUGAAUACAGCCUGGAGCAGCCUGGUCAGCCGUGCUGAUCAGAGGAAAGAUAAACUUGGUAACUCCCACGAUCUGCAGCGUUUCCUCUCAGACUUCAGAGAUCUGAUGUCCUGGAUUAAUGGCAUCCGAGGCCUGGUAUCCUCCGAGGAGCUGGCCAAAGAUGUGACAGGAGCUGAGGCCCUUCUUGAAAGACAUCAGGAACACCGUACAGAGAUUGAUGCUCGUGCUGGAACCUUCCAGGCCUUUGAGCAGUUUGGUCAGCAGCUGCUGGCAGGAGGUCACUAUGCUAGUCCUGAGAUUCAGCAGAAAUUGGAGGCUUUAGACCGUGAGCGUGCAGACCUUGAGAAGGCAUGGGUGCAGCGUCGCAUGAUGUUGGACCAGUGCCUCGAGCUCCAGCUCUUCAACAGGGACUGUGAGCAGGCUGAGAACUGGAUGGCAGCUCGGGAAGCCUUCCUUGCCAGUGAUGAUAAGGGUGACUCCUUGGACAGUGUGGAGGCCCUCAUUAAGAAACAUGAAGACUUUGAUAAGGCCAUUAAUGUGCAGGAGGAGAAGAUUGCUGCUCUGCAGUCUUUUGCUGACCAGCUGAUUGGAGCUGACCAUUACGCCAAGCCUGAGAUCUUACACCGUCGUGGUGAAGUCCUUGACAGGUGGCGUCGGCUGAAGGCACAGAUGAUUGAAAAGCGUUCCAAGCUGGGUGAAUCACAAACUUUGCAGCAGUUCAGCAGGGAUGUGGAUGAGAUAGAAGCUUGGAUCAGUGAGAAGCUGCAGACUGCAACUGAUGAAUCAUACAAGGACCCCACCAACAUCCAGCUGUCAAAGCUGCUGAGUAAGCAUCAGAAACAUCAGGCCUUUGAAGCUGAGCUGCACGCCAAUGCGGACCGAAUUCGAGGUGUCAUUGACACUGGUAACGCCCUGAUCCAGAGGGGAGCUUGUGCCGGCAGUGAGGACGCUGUCAAGGCACGCCUCAACGCUCUGGAUGAACAGUGGCAGUUUCUCGUCAACAAAUCUGAAGAAAAGAGCCAGAAACUCAAAGAGGCUAACAAACAGCAGAACUUUAACACUGGGAUUAAGGACUUUGACUUCUGGCUUUCUGAAGUUGAAGCACUUCUAGCCUCUGAAGAUUAUGGCAAAGAUCUGGCCUCAGUCAAUAACCUGCUGAAGAAACAUCAGCUGCUGGAAGCUGACAUUUCUGCUCAUGAGGACCGCUUGAAGGAUCUGAACGGUCAGGCUGACAGUCUGAUGGCCAGCAAUGCCUUUGAUACCUCACAAGUAAAGGACAAACGUGAUGCUGUCAAUGGCCGCUUCACCAAAAUCAAGAGCAUGGCAACCGGCCGUCGCGCUAAACUCAACGAGUCUCACCGCCUACAUCAGUUCUUCAGGGACUUGGAUGAUGAAGAAUCCUGGAUCAAAGAAAAGAAGUUGCUUGUAAGUUCGGAGGACUAUGGACGUGAUUUGACAGGAGUACAAAAUCUGAGGAAGAAACACAAGAGGCUAGAGGCCGAGCUGGGAGCCCAUGAACCGGCCAUUCAGUCUGUGCUGGAUACUGGGAAGAAGCUGUCUGAUGACAACACCAUCGGGCAGGAGGAGAUCCAGCAGAGGCUCGCCCAGUUUGUUGACCACUGGAAGGAGCUCAAAGAUUUAUCUGGAGCAAGGGGAAAGAGGCUGGAGGAGUCGCUGGAGUACCAGCAGUUUGUGGCUAAUGUGGAAGAGGAAGAAGCUUGGAUUAAUGAGAAAUUGAAUUUAGUGGGCAGUGAAGAUUAUGGAGAUACACUGGCUGCUGUGCAGGGUUUGCUGAAAAAACACGAAGCGUUUGAGACAGACUUCACCGUGCACAGGGACAGAGUCAACGAUGUGUGUGCUAAUGGCGAGGAGCUCAUUAAGAAGAACAACCAUCAUGUGGACAAUAUCAGUGCCAAGAUGUCGGCUCUGAAGGACAAAGUGUCUGAGUUGGAACGGGCAGCAGCACAGAGGAAGGCCAAGCUGGAUGAAAACUCUGCUUUCCUGCAGUUCAACUGGAAGGCUGAUGUGGUGGAGUCCUGGAUUGGUGAGAAAGAGAACAGUCUGAAGACUGAUGACUACGGCAGAGAUCUGUCCUCCGUGCAGACACUCCUCACCAAGCAGGAGACAUUUGACGCUGGUCUGCAGGCCUUCCAGCAGGAAGGUAUCACCAACAUCACAGCUCUCAAAGAUCAGCUGCUGGCGGCCAAGCACGUCCAGUCCAAGGCCAUCGAAGCUCGCCACGCUGCGCUGAUUAAACGAUGGAACCAGCUGCUCUCCAACUCUGCGGCUCGCAAGAAGAAGCUUCUGGAUGCUCAAGAGCACUUUAGAAAGGUUGAGGACUUGUUCCUGACAUUUGCCAAGAAAGCAUCAGCCUUUAAUAGCUGGUUUGAGAACGCAGAAGAAGACUUGACAGACCCAGUGAGGUGCAACUCUCUGGAGGAGAUCCGAGCUCUGCGCGAAGCCCACGAGGCGUUCCGCUCGUCACUGAGCUCAGCUCAGUCCGACUUCAACCAGCUGGCUGAGCUGGACCAGCAGAUCAAGAGCUACCAGAUGGCAUCAAAUCCAUACACCUGGUUCACCAUGGAGGCUCUGGAGGAGACCUGGAGGAACUUGCAGAAGAUCAUAAAGGAAAGGGAGCUGGAGCUGCAGAAGGAGCAAAGGAGGCAGGAGGAAAAUGACAAGUUACGUCAGGAGUUUGCACAGCACGCCAACGCGUUCCACCAGUGGCUGCAGGAGACCAGGACGUAUCUUCUGGAUGGGUCUUGUAUGGUUGAAGAGUCUGGUACUUUGGAGUCCCAGUUGGAGGCCACCAAGCGUAAACACCAGGAGAUCCGGGCCAUGCGCAGCCAGCUGAAGAAGAUUGAAGAUUUGGGUGCAGCGAUGGAGGAAGCACUGAUCCUGGACAACAAAUACACUGAGCACAGUACAGUGGGCCUGGCCCAGCAAUGGGACCAACUGGACCAACUGGGAAUGAGGAUGCAACACAAUCUGGAGCAACAGAUCCAGGCCAGGAACACCACUGGUGUGACAGAAGAAGCUCUGAAGGAGUUCAGCAUGAUGUUCAAGCACUUCGACAAAGAAAAGUCUGGUCGUCUGAACCACCAGGAGUUCAAGUCAUGCCUCCGUUCACUGGGCUAUGAUCUGCCGAUGGUAGAAGAGGGUGAACCUGAUCCAGAGUUUGAGGCCAUACUUGACACUGUGGAUCCUAACAGGGAUGGAAACGUGUCCCUACAGGAGUACAUGGCCUUUAUGAUCAGCCGCGAGACCGAGAACGUCAAGUCCAGUGAGGAGAUCGAGAGUGCCUUCAGAGCGCUCAGCACUGAGAAUAAACCCUACGUGACGAAGGAGGAGCUCUACCAGAACCUGACCAAGGAGCAGGCGGACUACUGCCUGUCGCACAUGAAGCCCUACCUCGACAGCAAGGGCCGCGAGCUGCCAUCAGCUUUCGACUUUGUUGAAUUUACACGCUCGCUCUUCGUUAACUAAUCCCUCGCCCACCAGUGACCAAUCGGGAUGCGUUUGUUCCCCCCCACACACACACUUAAACACAUCACUCAAACUGCAUGAUUGUGGCACUAAACCUCAAUAUAACACCUUCGUCUUCUAGUUAACUCUGUGUGCUUCUGCUGAUGGCGCUGUGGAUCUGUCUGCACCUGAAUGUGACUGUUUUAGCCAUUAGCUUGUACUUUCAGAGCCAAUAGUAACAAUGUGAACAGCUACAGUGUGCUUUAAUAAACGAUACUGGUUAGAAACUGGAAA